CCGGAAGUCCCGCUGCGAGGAGCACUGCAGCUAGCUUGAUGCUAGCGCGAAAAGCUCACGAAUACUUCUGAAGGACGGAAAGAAUCCCAGCCGCUGCUCACAACACUUUUUCAUCUCCUCCACCGCCUCGGCGUUUUACAUUUGCAUCGGCAGAGACUUGGCCCACCAGAGGGAAAAAAGGCCUUUAGUCAUGUCGGGACAGAAGAGAGGAGCGGCAGCGCGGCUCCUUAAAUGUUCCUUCUGCAGAACCAACCGGGACAAGGAGUGCGGGCAGCUGCUGCUGUCGGACAGCCAGAAGGUGGCAGCCCACCACAAGUGCAUGCUUUUCUCCUCUGCCCUGGUCACAUCUCACUCAGACAGUGAAAACAUCGGGGGAUUUUGCAUUGAGGAUGUGAAAAAGGAGAUCAAGAGGGGAAAUAAAUUGAUGUGUUCCUCGUGCCACCGGCCGGGCGCCACCAUCGGCUGUGAUGUCAAGACGUGCCGGAGGACGUAUCACUAUUACUGCGCUUUGAAGGACAAAGCCCAGGUCAAAGAGAAUCCCUCACAGGGGAUUUACCUUGUUUACUGUCGCAAACACCGGGAUGCCUCUGACGGCAUUCAAGAUGAAGAGGGAGCCGUGGCCAGUGAGUCCGAGUCGUCGCCCCCGCAAAGCCGGGGAAGAGGGAGGUUUGAGAAGGGCCGAGCCAAAGCUGGAUCUCGUGGCCAAUCGGAGGACACCCGCUCUACUUCCUCGCAGGCCGCAGACGAGGAGAGCUCCUCCCACCGGGACCGCUCCCCUUUGCGUGCCAACGUGGGAGACGGCGGCCAGCGCUGUGGCUUCUGUCACGCUGGCGAGGAAGAGAACGAGACGAGGGGCAUGCUCCACACCGACAACUCCAAAAAAGUGGCUGCACACUACAGGUGCAUGCUUUUUUCCUCGGGGACGGUGCAGCUGACCACGACGUCACGCGCUGAAUUUGGAAACUUUGAUGUGAAAACGGUCAUCCAGGAAAUCAAGAGGGGGAAAAGAAUGAAAUGCACACUGUGCACUCAGUUGGGUGCUACCAUCGGGUGUGAAAUCAAGGCGUGCGUGAAGACCUACCACUACCACUGUGGUCUGCAGGACAAAGCCAAGUACAUUGAAAACAUGGCCCGUGGCAUCUACAAACUAUACUGCAAGAACCACAGUGGCAACGAGGAGAGGGAUGAAGAAGACGAGGAGCGGGAGAAUCGCAGCAAACAGAGAGCGGCAAACAACAGCGGAGACACACCUGCAACGCAAGUCAACGGCAACUAGGUCCUCUGGUGGACGUGGCGUGGGGAGAAACCAGAAGGAACUUCAAGACAAGGGACAGAUACUUCUUUUUAUACCAAAUCUUAGGCCGCUCCCACGAGUCCUUUUUUCUACGCGUUUUCUCCUCCGUAAAUGGACACGAUGUCCCUUGUGAACCAGAUGUCGUGUACGUGUGAAACCCUGUUUCGGCUCGACUGCGUGGGCCGCUCACAGGCCGGCGGUUCUUCCACAGCACCUGACUGCUGCAGGAUUACCGAGAGCCACGCUGCUCUUUCCCAGGAGUCAGCGGCAGGCUCAAUUUCAAAUACGUGUACUCUUUCCGCGAAUAAAAUCUGAUGGGACUGAUCUUUUGAUUGUCACUCACUGUCCGUGCCCCCCCUUUGCAGAUUACAUGACACACACACUUGCUGAAACAGAUGCAUUCUGGAUCUUUUGCUUCUCAAGGACGCUCUUUUAAGCGGGGUCUGAUUACUAGUCUAUCAAGUUGUGCAGUUUGAUUACCCUGUUUCUGUAAUAAUGUCUUAUGAAUACUCUUCUCAUUUUAGCCUUUCCUGAUAUGUAAUAUUUUGCUACUGUAUUAGGAGUCAUUUUUGGAAUAUCUGGAUUUCAGUCGCAGUUACAAGUUUCGCCGGCAUGCACUUGUAUUAUCCUUCACAAGGUGGCAUUUUUAAAUUUAGCUACAAAAGAGCAAUGUAAAGCUCUUUAGAAGAGAUGGCCUGACUUUGUUUGAUGUAUUGUUACCUGUAUCUCUCCAAAUGUACCCAUGAAUGAUUGGAAAUAGAAAAAUAUUUUUAUUUUA